GUUACUGUCAUCUCUAUGGCCAGCACUCUGUCAUAUAAUGCGCCAUUCCCUGUAGCAGCAAUGGCAUGGGCUAACACUUCAGGACCACAGCAGUAUUUACAAUCACCUAACGUUCUCCAACGUCCCACGCCUGUCGCACACUCUCCAGAGUCUUCUUUUAGAUUAGCAAUAGGAUCAUUUGUAGAAGACUAUUCUAAUCAAAUACAAGUUAUUGGACUAAACUCUGGUUUACCAUUGACAGACCCAGAUGUACCACCAAUAGGGUACGAUGGUAGCGAUUUUAACGUAUUAGCAUCCACACACCAUGGUUAUCCAGCCACAAAAAUAGCUUGGGAACCAUCUACUAGUAGUCCACAUUCACCACUUAAGCGAUCGAAGUCAGAAUUAAUUGCUUCUAGUUCAGAUGUACUCAAAAUCUGGGAAUAUAAUCAAGAAUCAAAUUUAGAAGCUAAUAGUGGAUUUAUACACACCAAGAAUGGUACAAAUACCCCAGGUAGUCUCAACCUGAUAUCACAAUUAACUCCGAAAACACCAGGAACUGCAGCACCCUUGACUUCAUUCAGUUGGAAUGAAACUAUACCUUCUAGAAUUGUUACUUGUUCAAUAGACACGACGUGUACAGUUUGGGAUUUAGACACCCGUACAGCUAUAACACAAUUGAUUGCUCACGAUAGAGAAGUUUAUGAUGUUCAAUGGCUGCCGCGGUCUUCAGACAUAUUCGUAUCAGUUGGUGCAGACGGAUCACUGAGAGCAUUUGAUCUUAGAAGUCUUGAACAUUCAACGAUUCUUUACGAAACGACACCACCAACGACCUCAAGUGAUAAGAAGAGAAGUAAUUCACCAUUACUUAGGUUAGAGUUUAACCCACACGAUAGUAACUACCUUGCGACAUUUAAGCAUGGCAGUGGAGAGAUUAAUAUAUUAGAUAUGCGCUCACCUGGUGCACCUGUGACAAAUAUCAAGGGACAUAAUGGCAAUAUAAGCUCAAUUAGUUGGAAAUCCGAUGGAAGUUUGUUAGCCACUGGGUCUGACGAUAGAACGGUACAAGUAUGGGAUAUAAAUAAGUCAAAGAGGUCGAAUAAUAGUUCAUCUAAAGCUAAUGUAGUUACGGAAUCGAUCGCUAAUCAUAAGUCAGCCUAUCAAGUACACUCAAUCGAAUGGUCAAAAAGAAAGAAUAGUAAUUGGAUAGCGAUGGCGUCUAAUUACCAGAUAAAAUUGUUAAAAUUGUAAUAAAGAGAUUCUUUU